UGGGAAGGCGCCCAGAGCCCGCGGCCGAGCGGCAGCUGCGGAGGCUCCGCGCAGCGCCCCGCUCCCGGCCGCCGCCAUGAAGCGCCCGUGCGAGGACACGACCUCCGACAGCGACAUGGAUGAGACCAUCGACGUGGGUAGCGAGAACAACUACUCCGGGCAAAGUAGUAGUUCUUUGAUUCGAUCAAAUUCCCCAACAACAACAUCUCAGAUCAUGGCCAGAAAGAAAAGAAGAGGGAUUAUAGAGAAAAGGCGCCGUGAUCGUAUAAAUAACAGUUUAUCUGAGUUGAGGCGGCUUGUGCCAACUGCUUUUGAAAAACAAGGAUCUGCAAAAUUAGAAAAAGCGGAAAUACUGCAAAUGACAGUGGAUCAUUUGAAGAUGCUCCAGGCAACAGGAGGGAAAGGUUAUUUUGAUGCUCAUGCUCUAGCCAUGGAUUUCAUGAGCAUUGGAUUCCGAGAAUGUUUAACAGAAGUGGCAAGAUACCUGAGCUCUGUGGAAGGUCUGGACACCUCUGAUCCGCUACGCGUUAGGCUCGUCUCUCAUCUCAGCACUUGUGCCUCUCAGAGGGAAGCUGCUGCAAUGACCUCAUCCAUGGCCCAUCACCAUCAUCCCUUGCAUCCUCACCACUGGACAGCUGCAUUUCAUCACCUCCCAACCGCUCUGUUUCAUCAGAAUGGACUUCACUCCGACGCUGCUCCUUGUAGACUCUCCACCGCCACGGAAAUGCCUCCACAUGGUUCUGCGCUUCUCACAGCCACGUUUGCCCACGCUGACUCCGCACUCCGAAUGCCCUCUGCUGGCAGUGUUGCUCCUUGUGUCCCACCACUUUCUACCUCUCUUCUCUCGCUCUCAGCCACAGUACAUGCUGCUGCUGCUGCAGCUACUGCAGCUGCUCAGAGUUUCCCUCUCUCCUUCACUGGAGCAUUCCCAAUGCUUCCACCUAGUGCAGCAGCAGCAGUGGCAGCUGCAACAGCAAUUAGUCCACCAUUAUCUGUGUCAACAGCUUCCAGUCCUCAGCAAGCAGGCAAUGGUGGAAACAGUAAACCCUACCGGCCGUGGGGCACCGAAGUGGGAGCUUUUUAGAUUUGCCCCACUCCACAAACCUCCUUUGGACUGUAUGCAGUAGUAAGUCAAUGUCCUUGUUCAGCCAGGUUAAAGAUCUGUAUAGCCUUAUAGAUGCCUGAAAGCCAAGCAAGGAACAGCAAAGCUAUUCUAGUCACAGACUUCAAAGAGGACAUGUGGUUGUAUUGGGUAGAUUUGCCUUUGUUUUGCUUAUGGCACCUUGAUGAGCAGCAGUGGCUUUUGGAAACCCCACAGUAAAAGUGUACUGGGAAAUGUGUAGACUUUAGAACUAAUAAUACUCCAGAUAAUCAUUGUCAUUUGGCAGGGAGGAGAGGGAUUGUACCCAUAACACUCUCAUAAGGCUGGACAAAAUGUUCAAGUUCAACUAAGUGCCUCACCUUUCAAAACAUAAGUGUGUGUGUGUGUGUGUGUAGGUGUGCAUGUAUGUGAUCUUGUAAAGCUGAUAACAUUGCUAAAGGAUGAAAAAAGAUUGGGGAGCUGGGCAGGAAAACCAUAGAUUUAAAUUACAGACAUUUGAUACAAUUCCAGGAAAGACUAUAUCUCUAAACCAACCGGUUUAUUUAGCCAAAAGGAUUGCCGAGAAAAUAUGUUCAGCUUGACAGUUUUAUCUUACCUAGUUUACCUUCUCUGUACAGACUUGCCAAAUGGUGACAUCUAGCAUAGCAUUGGUAAAAGCAAUUAUCUUAUCAGUGCUUGGAUUAACAAACAUUUCAGCAUUGCCUGGGGGCCUUGAGGCACUUUUUCAUGGCUUAAAAUAUGGUGCUUGCUUGUAUCUCUACAAACAAUGAACAUAGUGCACAUAGAAGUAAUUGCCUACUAAAAGCGUGCACACAUCAAUGUGGUUGAUUCAUGCCAAUACAAGAGACUCAAUGUUGUUAAGAGUUAAUUUUAACAUAUUUAGUUGCAUUUGGACAUUUACUUUUAGCUGAUUCUGUACAAGAUUCCUCUUCCUCUACUAUCAACUUCUGGGGAUAACUAUCGCUCUGGGUAUGAAUGAAGUUACUGUGGGGGUGAUUUUUAAAUUGGCUUUUUACAUGCCAACAUUGUAAUGUGGGUUUGAUUCCAAACCAAAAUGAAUGUACUAAAGGGGAUGUCAAUACCCAGACAACUAGUGCUGCAUAAAAGGUUUUGCUUUCAUUUUUUAUUACGAUGACUUAAAGUAACCUAAGUAUUUUAAUACAUCAACUCAAGAACUAGAGAUUUUAUGUAAAAAUAAAACACAGCAUGUAUUAUUAUGCACUUGAUUUCUCUGCUGUGUGGAGAAAGCAAUAAACAUUGCAAAUGUUAAACAUUAUGCAAAAUAUACUUUAAAAUAUUUGUUUUAAAAAUACUGUACCUAGUUGGUCUUUUGUGCAUUACUUUGUUAACCUUUUUCUAUGCAAAAGUCUUUACAUAUCACUAAUUAAACGAAGUCCUUUUUGA